UGUGCGUGGGUGUGCGCAGGCGCUCGGAGGGGCGGGGCUUUGUAGAACCCGGAAUCAUAAAGUGUUUGAGUGUUACACGUGAUUGCAGACAAAAACAAUGAAGGCGAUCGUUCAAAGAGUUACAGCGGCAAGCGUAAUAGUUGGGGAGGAACAGAUCAGUUCCAUAGGCAGAGGACUCUGCGUCUUAUUUGGCAUCUCAGUGGUGGACACGCAGAAGGAUGUUGACUACAUGGUACGUAAGAUUCUUAACUUGCAUCUGUUUGAGGAUGAGAACGGCCGUGCCUGGAGCAGCAGCGUGAUGGACCGAGAGCUGGAGGUGCUGUGUGUGAGUCAGUUCACUCUGCAGUGUAUCCUCAAGGGAAAUAAGCCUGAUUUCCACUCUGCCAUGCCGGCUGAACUGGCCCAGCCCUUCUACAACAACAUGCUGGAGCAGCUGAGGGAAGCCUAUAAACCAGAACUCAUCAAAGAUGGGCAGUUUGGUGCAAAAAUGCAGGUACACAUUCAAAACGAUGGCCCUGUGACCAUUCAUCUGGAGUCUCCUGCUGGCCCUACAGACCCUAAACUGCUGUCUAAACAAGAGAAGCAACAGCAGCGGAAAGAAAAAACAAGGUCAAAGGGCCCUUCGGAGUCCAGCAGAGAAAAGGCAGCGCUGCGCUCGAAAGCAGCUCCCAGCGCCAGCAGCGGAGCAGAGGGAGAUGUGUCCUCUGAACGGGAAUCAUAGAGUACUUCACUGUGAACUUACAACCACAGUCAUUCCUCUAGUGUCUUAUUUAUCAUAAUUCAAUGAUUGAAUGAAUCAAGCUCCAGGGGUUAUUCUUUGGAGACUGACACCAAAUAGCACAGUUUGCUCAUUGUAUUUCUUUGUUUUUGUUUUGUUUUUUUAAAGGUUUUUUUCAACUUGCAGAUGAGUCCAGCUUCCAGUGGAAUGCUGCUGUCUUCAGGGAUGUCUCUCAGUGCAGCUCAUAACGCUUAUUACAGUCCCUGUCGAAUGUCUAGUUUGUAAGUUAACACAAGAACAAGUGGCAGCUCCACAGUUACCAGUUAAAAAAGACUCGGGCACAUGUCAGUGGUAUUUUACCACCACUUUAAACACAAUAUCUGAAUAUUUGCCAUGCUAUCUAAUUUAUUUAAAUGUAUUCAUCUCUGUGAUGUGUUUUAAUAAAAAAGGAAAGGAAAAAUGCA